UGAGCGCGUUUUUGAAUUUAGCAGUUUCAUACAUUGAAAGUGUGCAUAGCUUAAAAUGCUGAGGGAAAUAUUCGUUAAUUAUAUUUCGGUGAAAUGUGACUUGAUUGCUUUUGUUUUCUUAAUUACAAUUAUAGCAGGAGUGAAGGGUAAAAUAGUGACGUCAAAAUACCUCAUCUACCAAAAUAAAUCGCCUACAGUUCCCGCAGUUAUAGGAUCGACAGAAGUUUCCACUCUGACUGAGUGUGCCUCACUUUGCACUGAGAAUUUACAGUGCAUGUCUUUCUCGAUCGACUGUUUAAAACUUCCGUUAGCAAAACAGAUAUGUCACCAACAAAGUACUGAAGUUACAACUGUUGCUGACCUUGUAGAUAGUGAGCUGUGCUAUGUGCAAAGAGAGAGCUUGUCUGUCUUUCUAUCAGCUACAACAGAAGCUCCGACUACAACAGAAGCUCUGACUACAACAGAAGCUCUGACUACAACCGUAGAACCGACUACAACAGUAGCACCGAUUACAACAGUAGCACCGACUACAACAGAAGCUCCAACUACAACAGAAGCCCCGACUACAACAGAAGCUACAACUACAACAGAAGCCCCGACUACAACAGAAGCUACGACUACAACAGAAGCUCUGACUACAACCGUAGAACCGACUACAACAGUAGCACCGAUUACAACCGUAGAACCGACUACAACAGUAGCACCGAUUACAACAGUAGCACCGACUACAACAGAAGCUCCAACUACAACAGUAGCUACGACUACAACAGAAGCUACGACUGCAACAGAAGCUCCAACUACAACAGAAACCCCGACUACAGCAGUAGCUCCAACUACAACAGUAGUUCCUACUACAACAGAAGCUUCAACUACAACAGUUGCGGAAACUUCCACCGAAUCUUUAACUACUACAGUUGCGCAAACUACAACUUUAGCGCCACCUCCACCCACUACAACAGUUCUACCAACAUCAACGAUCGCGCAAAGCACGGCGACAGUGAUAGAUAUGGUUUAUGGAGCCAGAGAUAUGUGCCAGGGAGGGUCAAAUCAGGAUUUUCUUGUACUCACACCUGAGGGAGUCUAUGUGUAUGACGAAGUAAAUGAUUUAACGUUAGGGGCAUGUAAUGGUCCCAUAAAUUUUACGACAAUCUUCAAAGACUAUCCGUCCAUACCGACUAUUAACUCAGUCAGUGGAAUUCUAAUCUUCCAAACGUCAAAUAUAGAGCUCUAUGCUGAAGGUACAGUGUAUAAAUGGCAGAUUGAAUCCGGAAAUUUAAAUAAUGUUCUUGGUAUGAACUCAUACUCUGAUCACCUUGGUACAACAGCUCUAGAUAGUGUUGGAUUCUUUUGGGCAGCACACAGGCAAUUUACCUCAGCCGAGAGACAUUUCUAUCUCGGUGCUGACAUGUUCUUUAUGAAAUCUA